GCGGAACCAAUUAGACCUGGGGGCUGGGUCGGUAGUUUGCCUAGAGCAACGCUUUUCAAUUCCUUUUGCUCCCCCUACCACGGUGCGAAACUCUCUUACUCCGCACUUCCGCAGUCCGCAGUUCAAAGGUUGGUAGUAGCAUAGCAGGGCGAAUAAAUAAAGAAGAAAGAAAAGCGACAACAAUGGCGUCUUCAGCAGCUAUGAGAGACUUGCAGCGCGAGCUAGAGAGCAAAGCCAACGAUCUCCGUAAACUCCAAAAAGAUAUUGCCAAGAAUCAUGAAAUCAGAAAGAAGUACACUGUGCAACUAGGCGAAAAUGAGCUCGUUCUCAAGGAGUUGGAUUUGUUGAGUGAAGAUGCGAAUGUGUACAAAUUGAUAGGUCCGGUUUUAGUUAAGCAGGAUUUGGCGGAGGCCAAUGCAAAUGUGCGGAAGAGGAUUGAGUAUAUUUCGGCUGAAUUGAAACGUCUUGAUGCAACUCUGCAAGAUAUGGAAGACAAGCAAAAUAGCAAAAAGGAAGGGAUAAUGAAGGUUCAACAGAAAAUUCAAGUUCUUCAAGCUGGGAAGGCCAAGGUGUAAUGACUAGUCACUCAGCGGGGUUUUUUCGACAGGAGUAACACUGUUUCCUUGUUAGAAGUAGUUUUACCCCUCCUUUAUACUGGGUUUUAAAUAUAUAUUAGUGUGAAUUGUUAUUGGAAUGUAAUCAUUCUGUCCCAAAAUUUUGGGAUGUUUGGGAAAUCUACAGGAAGCUUAUGUUAAGAGCAUGUUCAAAUUUAGGGAGUCACCCAUGUUUGUGUUUUCGGUGUUAGCAACUGAAUUUCAAGUCAAAAGAAAUUUCCUAGAGGCUAACAAGUUAUUUCACAGUUAAUUAUCUGGGUUUUCCUUCAGAAUUAUAUUUCUGAGAGGAAGUGCUUCAUUUACAGAGGAUGCAAUCAUCCCGUUGGUUUAUAAUCGCUGUUAGAUGUUUAGAUAUUUGGUUUCCAGCUGUGAAAAACAUGGUGCUGGCAUUGAAUUGAUGUUCUAAAUGAUUGAAAAUUUGAAUGUUGAAACUUUUGUAUCUUUGUUUUCCA